CAAUCAAAUUUCGUCUUUCUCUACAACCCGCUAAGAUCAAACGGCGAAAUAUGAAAACAGAAAAUGGCGAUUGAUAUCAAGAGGCUGAGGAAUAAACUCAGCAAAAUCGGUAACACCGAUACAGGCACAUUUGAAAUAAAAGAUCCUAAAGAAUGGAUUAAGCUUAUUGGAAGUCGAGGAAAUAAACCAAAAGACUGGCUGGAUUUUAUGCGGUACAUGACGGCAAACUCACAUUAUUCUGAUGAGUUUAAGCACCAUAAUUACCUUUCUGAUCUCUAUGAGACAGCAUUUGAUAAAAUUCCCAGAGAAGAAAAUAAAAGAAACAUAUUCUACGGAGCUCUCUUUGUUGAGUUUGCACGCAUGAAAAGCAAGUUCCAGCCAGAUGAAGCUGAUGAUUUGUUUAACUGUGCAAGAAGAGUGGUGAGAAAACUCGCGAUUGUUCACAUUGCUCACGCUGAGUACGAGUUGUCUAAAGGGAAUGUUGGAAAGAGUCGUAAGAUUUUGGAGAAAGCGCGACAGCUUGAGGCAGAACCAGACCACCUCCUGACUGAGGCACUAGCUCGACUAGACAGUGGCCAGACAAACUUACAGACGUCCAACUUACUGGUUGAUUGUGGAACUAGUUCUUGUGGGUUCAAGAGCAGCACAAGCAGUAAUGAGUCAACUGGAGACCUACAUAAUUUGACGGGAAAUCUGACCAGCUCGAGUCUGACAGGGGGACUCACUAGCACCAACCUGACUGGGAAUGUUUUCAGACCUUGUCCAAAACCAGGAGGAGGCAAUCCAGACCCCCCUCUUUCCCUACCCACACCUGCAGUACCCUCCAAGAUGGUUCAAGAGGCACCAGUUUGUCAUCCAUACAACUUUAAGAAGCCAGAGCCGGUCCCAGUGGAGCACAGUGUGGAAAUGGAGACAGCGCCCAUCAACCAGAGACUGGGCGCCCCGCCCCUCCACUCCAAGCUGUCCAUGUCAUGCCAGCCGGCCAUGAGGAAAGCUCACAGCACCCCAGAGUUACGAGGGGGGUCCUCCUCCAAGGCCAUGUACAAGCCAAAGCUGAACUUGCUGCCCCAGAGAGUGAAGAAGAUGAACCUGCCAUUCAGUGAACUAUCGGAGAAGGAGGAGGACAAUGACCCAGAUACCGGAUUCCCCAGCAUCACUCCGCUAGACGGACAGUCCUUCAACGGUCUCUCAAGCUCCAUGGCUCACACCUCGGGGUACAUGUCCAUGUCCAACACUGCUAACACGAAGACCUCGCCCAUCAAAAAGCCUCGCAACCGAGAACCACUCAAGCCCAUCCAGAAUGAGAUGGCACCACCAAUGGAGGUAGACAUCAAGGGGGUGCAAAAAGAGCAAUCCCAACCGAAACCUCCCCCCAAAGUCAAAUCUCCAGUGAAGAAUCCUGUGAAGCAACCCUCUCCUGUCCCCAACCCUCCCAAGUCAGAACUCACAAAGAACUCUUCACCACAGGUUCCAACCAUGGAGACUAUGUAUGUGAAUGGGAAAUUGUACCAGGUGUUGCAAUGCGUUGGCCAUGGAGGCUCAAGCAAGGUGUACACAGUGAUAGACCAUUCUGGACAGAAUCCUCAGAUCCUGGCACUGAAGGUCGUCCGUCUUGAAGACCAAAACAAGCAGAUCAUCGAGGGCUAUAAAAACGAAAUACAGCUUCUCAAACGACUACAGUACUGCCCUAAAGUCAUUAAGUUGCAUGAUUUUGAGUACAAAGAAGCAGACAAUUUGCUGUACAUUUUGAUGGAGUGUGGAGAACUUGACUUUGACAAGUACCUGAAGGACACUAUCAAACAGGAGGGGCACCUGUCCCCACUCUACAUCAAGUUCUACUGGCAGUCCAUGCUACAGGCUGUGGGGGCCCUGCAUAAAGAAGGAAUCAUCCAUUCAGAUCUUAAGCCCUCCAAUUUCCUCCUUCGCCAUGGAAACCUAAAGUUGAUUGACUUUGGAAUUUCCAAAGCCAUCCAGCAGGAUAAGACCAGUAUCAUUACCGAUACACAGGUGGGGACGCUCAACUACAUGUCCCCUGAGAGUAUCAGAGAGCAUUGUGGGUACACAGAGGAGGACGCACAAAAACCGGUGUUCAAGAUCAGUGUGAAGUCUGAUGUCUGGUCCCUUGGUUGUAUACUCUACUGUAUGGUGUACGGACACACCCCCUUCCAAAAAGUGGUCAGGCAGUACGCUAAGCUUAUGGCCAUCAUCAACCCCGAAUAUCAAAUCAACUUUCCUGAGAUUCAGGAUAAAAAGCUAUUAGAUGUCAUGAAGAGAUGCCUAACAAGGGAUCCCAAGGAGAGACCCAGCAUAGAGGAACUCCUGCAGCACGAGUACCUACACUCCCUCUGAGUUCUGUGAAGUGUUAAUCAUGAAGUCAUGGACAUGUACCUUUCAUUUGACUGUAUCAAAUUCUAUUGUGUGUAGCUAGAUUGCAGUCACAAAGUAUGAAUGAGAAUGAUUGUCAGCCCUUCGGCUGGAAUAUGCAGACUUGGGUACAAUGCCUGAGGGUUACCUGUUUUCUUUAUGGAAAAUUUGGUUUUGAUUUUAGCUUCACUGGAUAGUUUUGUGAAGUUUUCAGCAUUUUCAUAUACGAGAGAUUAAUUCUAGCUGCUUUUAUAAUGUUUGAGCAAUGACAGCAUUUUUGUUACGGAGUACAUGAAUAUUAUCAUGACUUUAUUACUUUGUAUAGUAUACAAAGCAACAGACUGUUUUUAAAUUCAUUUUUGCUAGAAUUUGGCAGUGGAAUAUGACUAUAUUAUUGCUUUUAUGGUAAAAAGAUUAUUCCAAAUCACUGAAACCUUGUCAAAUCAGUCAAUGGGAUAUAUGGUGACAUAAUUUUUACUGUAAUGUGAAUAUGCCCAUUAUUCAUCAAAUUUUUCACUGUCCAUUUUUUUCCAUCUUAAAAAUUGCUUAUAACAACUGACAACAACUGUUGCUAUUUAACUGCUUGGCUAGAACAGCUUAUCUGUGAUAAUGACAUUACUAUUUAAACAUUAAAAGUAUUCUGAAAAAGGACUAGUUUAUUUAGUAAAAGAAAAUAGUCUUAUAGAAUAUUAAGGACUAGAAUCGCUGUGAAUUAUAAGAGUAAAAUUCAUAUAGGCUUACCACAAUAAUUAUGUACUUGGACAACUUUGUUACCACGAGCAAUUCAUCUCAAUGAAAUGCAUUAGAGAAAAUACCUUUUUACUGUUAAGAAAAUUUAAAAAUAAUCAGAAUCCAAUUUUGAGAUCCUGAUGUUUGUGAAAAAAUGAGGGACCUUCAUCCGAACAUCGCCAGCUUUCAUGGUGUGUUUUUAUGCUAAAGUGUGAUAUAGUCAAGUUUCAACCUCUGUAACCUUUGGCAAUUUUUUGUAAUUUAGUUGUGCACCCAUUAUUUCCAUUUGACACAUUCAGUACAGCAUGAAAUGGGAUCUCAAUGUGUGAAAAUUAGAAUGAUAAGUUAACUUAAACUCCUAGCCUUGUACUUUAUUUUUUCCCCUGAAUUACACUGGAAAGCUUGAUAAACUUUUUUAUGAAAAAAUAAACAUCAAAUGUUAUAAUCUGUCAUGUACAUGUAUAUGUUUACAGUAACUUAGCGGAUGUGGUUGUACCAUACUGUAGUUUAUCAAAUCGUUGUAACCUGUUAUGGUAAUCUUUAGUUAUGGUAAACUUUAGUUGUUAUUCGUACCAGUGUGUUGUGUCCAAUUUUUUUCUUGUUAUCUGAUACACAUUCUCUUUAAGGUCUUUUUUUUUUGGAUUUUGCAGUGAAUUUGUCAAUUUUUUUAAAAAGAAAUAAUGCAAUUAUUACAAUGAUGUACUUUUAAUUUGUAAACAGUUGAAAAUCUUGUUAAAUAGCAUUAACUUAUUCUCUGAAACUUUGUUCUUGAGAUCACAACGUAAUUACAAAACUUGUUUCUUAUUGCCUACCAGUACAAAUUAUUGGAUACAUUAUCAUCAUACAUGAAGUAGAGAUAGUGCUAAAGAGAUAUAUGAAAUAUAUUAAAGGCAUGACUGUACUGUUUUUCAAGAGAUAAAAAAUUUAGCAAUGAAUUUUAUACAUGUAUAAAGCUAUAUAUAAUGUAUCCAUUCAAAUAAUGUGUUUGGUUUUUCUUUUCUAUAAAUGAGAAUACCUCAA